AGAUAAAAAAUGGUUCUUAGCGUCGCCGAUGCCAAGAAAUUGACAGUUCCACGUCUGAAGGAGGAACUCGCCAGCCGUGGGCUCGAUAACACCGGAAACAAGCCGGAGCUGUUGGCAAGGCUCACAGAAAGCAUUGAGCAGGCAGCCGACGAGCUUCUGGGCGACGCUGGAAUCACAUCUGACACUCAUUUAUUAUCAGAUGAUAUUCUAAAUGAUGAUAUUCUCGAUGCUCCGAGUGUUGGAGACGAAUCUGAAGCUGAUAAGCUUCUGGGAUCAGUUGACGGAGCAGAAGAGCACAAAACAGAUAAAUCCGAGGGAGAAGAGAAGCAUGAAGUUCAUUUAAUUGAUAAGAAAAUCGAUGAAGUUACUGCAGAAACUGAUAAAAGAGCCCGUGCCAUACGAUUUGGGCUCCCCGUCACUGCUGAAGACCUCGGCUCGGAUGGAGCUAAGGCUGCCAGGGCUAAGAGAUUUGAUCUCCCAGAAGACUCAAAACGACUAACAUCAAAUGACGCGAAGGCUUCACGUGCUGAAAGAUUCGGAAUUACCCCAAAAACGCCUGCCGCUGAUGAUAAGCUGGCCGCCCGUGCCGCCCGUUUUGGAAUUCCAGUUGGUGGAGCAGCUUCAGCUUCAGCUUCGAAAAAUGCUCCAAAUUCUGAGGGAAAAGCUGCAAAAUUGGCUGCUCGAGCCAAACGAUUCGGUGGUGAAAUUGAUGAUGAGGAGAUGGAAGCAAAGAAAAAAGCAAGAAUGGAACGAUUUGGAACAUCUAAUUAAUUUUCUGAUUUUUGUGCAUUUUUUACUUUUUUUUUUUGGGAAAAUUGAGAAAAAAUGAGAUUUUUGAGCUAAAUUUUUGAAUUUUUUGGCGAAAAAUGAGCUGAAACCCAAUUUUUUGCUGAAAAAACUGAAAAAUUCUGUAAAAAUUAACAUUUUUGACCAAAGUACCCCAAGAAAUUCAAAAUUUCAUUAAAAUAUAUGAAAAUUGCUGAGAUUUUGCAACUUUCACUGAAAAAUUUAAAUUUUCCCCCAAAAUUUUAGAUUUUUAUCGAAAAAAAAUCGUUUUCCUCUCGAAUUUGUGAUUUUUCUAGAAAAUUUCGACUCUGGCUAAAUUUUGCGAUUUUUCCGUCAAAAUUUUAGAUUUUUUGCCGAAAAAAAAAUUAAAUUUUAACGAAAUUUGAUUAUUUUCUCGAGUUUUCCUUGAAAAAAAUCACUUUUCCCUAAUUUUCGUGAAAAUUUAUGAAAAAAUCACUUUUUUCCCUAAAAAAUUUCCCAUUUUCCUCGAUUUUCGUGUGUUUUUCCCCGAAAAAAAUUAUAUUUUUUAUUUAUUUUUUCAAUUUUUUAACCCAAAACUUGUUGUUUUAUUCUUAUUUUCCCUCUAACUUUUUGUUUUUUCCCAAUUUCUCCAUGAAAAAUCUGGAUUUCCAGUAUAAUUACA